CAGGUUAUAUUGUUAUAACCACUUUUUGGUGUAUUACCCAUUGAUUCCAUCACAUUAUUGAUGUUGUUAACCAUUUAAACCCCAAUUUGGAGUCAGAAAUUGUGGUUUUUGGUAAACUUAAUACUUUAUUAUCUGUGAAUCAGGUUGCCCAAUGGUACUACAGGAAUCAAGUCCCUUCGAUUGAUUUUUAGCCUAUGGAUUAAUCAUUUCUCAUACUUUUGCAAAACCUACUUUUCUUCAUGGAUCAAUUAAAUGUUCCUAUUCUUGGUAGUUGUAAAGAAAGGAUGUGACGUAAGUAACAUUACUGAAGUUUCCAAGUACUAAGCUAAAUCAUAUCACGUGCGUGUUGCUAAAAUUUCUUACUGCUACAAAAAAAAACUCGCCUCAGAACAGAUAUUGCCGUUUCUUACUACAGAAAGCUUAAAGAAGAAAGAUGUCAACAACAUGAAUUAUUCAGAGUAUGAUCGUAUUUCAACAAUUGAUAAUAAGUUGGCCACCGUGCGAUAUAUUGGAACAAUACCACAAUGGGGUGAUACACUUGCUUUAGGAUUGGAAUGGGAUGAAGCAACACGAGGUAAGAAUAAUGGGGAAGUCAACGGAAUAACCUAUUUUACACCGACAGUUCCCAAUUCAGUUACAUUUAUAAAGUCAACCAAUAAGAAACUAGUUCAUAAGUGCAAAUCAUUUGUUCAAAUUAUCAAGGAAAAGUACUUGGAUGCUGAAUAUAUUGAAGCAGACAUUCAAUUUGGUAGUAAGACAGUCGAGGAAUUUGGUUGGGAGAAGUUAAACAAGUUUCAAUCAAAUUUGUCAAAUUUAACAUCACUUACUUUAGAUUUUCAUUUGAUUAAUCGGGCUGAUUAUGACAAAUCAAUAUUUACCAAUCUUGGAAAUUUAACUCACCUUGAAUUGAGUUUUAAUUUGUUUAAUGAUAUCACCGAAGUUUGGAAAAUUGUCGAUUUGCUACCUGGGUUACGUGAACUUAAUUUAAACGGUAAUAGAUUUUAUAAGUUUAGUCCCACAAAUACUCAUAACUUGAAAGUACUAAAACUUUCGAGCACGUUGGUAACAGUUGCUAAUUUAAAUGAACAUAUUCUUCCCAAAUUUCCUAAAUUGACUGAGCUUUAUAUAUCAGGAAAUAACUAUACAAACGAAGAUAUCAAUAAUUUAAAUCUACCUGCACAAUUGGAAGUACUAGACGUUUCAUAUAACCAGUUAACUAUUUUUCCCAAGGUUAAUAUUUCAUCACUUAACUUAAGUCACAAUAAUAUUUCAGACUAUUCAAACGUGUCACAAUUGAAUAUCACAAGUCUUGAUUUACGAAAUAACCAGAUAAUGCUGUACAGUUUUAUUGAUUGGUUGUCAGAAGCUGCACCUAAUUUACAAAUUCUCCGUAUAAACCAUAAUCCGUUGUUUCAAGAUAUAGACAUAAUGACAACUCAAUUAAUAGCCAGGUUUUAUUGUCAAGACUAUCAUGCGAUUCCUCAUACUAAACUAUACAAAUUGAACGGAAGUUUGUUGACUAAUGACGAAAUUGAAAAUUCUGAAUUGUAUUUCAUAUCAAAAGUACAAAUGGGUGAGUACCAAAUUGACAAAAGGGCUAAGAAAUGGUUAUACUUGCUAGACAAGUAUAAGCCUAAACCUACUACAAUCAACAUACAACCAGAUUGGAUUAGCUUGACUAUAAAUAUACCAAACAAAGAUCCUGUACAAAGAUUGUUCCUACUUAACAAUUCAAUAUUAAGAAUAAAGGGUAUUAUAUCCAAGUUAUACUUGGACAACAUGUCAAUAUUACAGUUUAAAUUGUACUAUUAUAUUGAUACCUCAAUUAAACAAGAACUAAAAGACUACCUAUCUAUAUUAGAUACAUACAGUCUUUCACCUAGUCAAAACAUAUAUAUAGAUUAUUCUUGAUGAUUCCAUAAUCCAUCACCUAAAUAAUGUACUAAUUCAAUACCAAUCCCCUUAUUCUUUGUCUUUAUAUCAUCAAUACUCAUUAAUAAUUUCCCAAUAGCCAAUGCAUUUUCCUUACCUUCAGCAUAAACAGUGACAAUUGCAUCCUUUUCCAUGUUUUCUUCAGGUAAUUUAGCACCAGGACUAGUUAACCCAGGACACAUAAUAUUUGCACCACUCAAGAUGAAUUUGAUUGCACCACGGUCAACUUGAACACGAGGGAAACAAUCAGGGUAUUUGUGAACGGUGGUUAAACUUGGUACCAAUUCAUCGUUAUAUUGUUGAAACAUGACAAUUUCAUUGUCAACACAGUACAAUUGAAUCUUUUCUUCACAUUUUAUAGAGACCACCUGGGAUUUCUUCGGUAUUAAAUUGUCAAUAGCUGGUUCAAGCUGUGGAUAUAAUUGAACGAGGUUGGACUUGAGUCCUCUCUGAACUGAGGAUUUGAUGUUUGAACGGGAGUGAAUGUCUUCCUUGGUGAACUUCUUGAACAUUGUGUGAUGAUUGUGUGGUGAAGAACAGUUAACUAGUAAUU